AUAAAUUUAUUAUUUACGGUUAUACUUAUUAUAUUUAUACUGGAUAAUUAAAUAUUUUGAGAUUUGUAACGAAAAGAGAAGAUUAUUUUCUGCUUCGUUAUCGAAACGUUAAUUAAAAAUUCGCGCAUAAAAUUUUAAGUUCAGAAUAAAAUAUAAUACAUCGGGCAAUGUGAAUGAAGUAAAUGUAUCGUGGUUUGUGAAGUUUGCUGAUUGUUCAUGAAAAAUGUGAGAUGUUUCCCUUUGUGCAUCAUUUAUAUGACAAUGCCAUUUCUAAAACUACAGAAAACUACGUGGUCUCAGCAGCGAAUAAAAUCAAGUAAACGAAAUGGUUUGCGACAUACCGUAUACAUGCCCGAAGCGAAACGUUUUGCUAAAACACGUUACAUAGGGGAAUGGAGAUAUGAUAAGAGAGAGGGCAAAGGCAUCGGGAUCAGCAGGUGUCACGAAGAAAACACUUCUCAAACAGUUUGCCAACUAGUAGAAUAUGCUCCCGCAGUUUGUCGGUUAAAACCCGGGACACCCUGUAUAUUGUUAUGUAUGAAAUCGUCAAUCAUAGUUGGAAUCUCUUCUAAUAGUCAUGGCUGGAUGUAUGAGGGUGACUGGUGCAAUGACCAAAGACACGGUUACGGUAUCUUAAGCAAGAUCUCAAGAGACGGUGAGAUACGUAAAGUUUACGCCGGUGAUUGGGUCAACGGGAAGAAACACGGAUUCGGCAGCAAUUGGUACGAGGACGAUAGUUAUUACGAAGGCAGAUUUCGGAGUAAUAAACGAGAUGGCUACGGCCAAAUUUGGUACACAUGUGAUGGAUACUAUCAGGGCACGUGGGUGAAUGAUCGGUAUCACGGAGAAGGAAUGCUCGUUCAAGGAAAUGGUAAUAUCUACGAGGGCCAAUUUGCGAAUGGCAGAAAGGAAGGCGGGGGUGUUUUCUAUCACUUGGACACCCGUCGAGUACAGGAAGGUAGUUGGAAGAACGAUGUUUGCACGAAUAGCACAACAGAGGACAUCGGCGGCCGGCGCUCAGCUUUACAUCCGCCGUCACUCCACAUUCCAAGGAUAAACGGCCAAGCACUGCUAUUACAUUGAUAAUCUUAUUGCGUCACGCCUCAU